UGUGCGGAUGGGACGGAAUGGGUGGGGCUUAAGGCGGAAGUGGCUUCUCGGCUUCCCCGAGCAGGUGAAGAUGCGGCGUCUCGUGUGGCGGUGGUGGUGUCUGUGCUGCGUCCUGGUGGCCCAGGCCGAGGCCCCGAGCCCAGAGGAGCCCCCAGAGCGGAGCCGGCCGUAUGCGGUGCUGCGCGGGCAGAACCUGGUGUUGAUGGGAACCAUUUUCAGCAUCCUGCUGGUGACCAUCGUCCUUAUGGCAUUUUGUGUCUACAAGCCCAUUCGUCGUCGGUGACAGCAGAGCAACUUCCGCUGCAAGUUUUGGGGAACAGGAUAAGUUGUGUUGCACAUGGGCCAGUGGAGAUUUGGAAUCAGAACUUUUCUACUUAGGAAAGACCUUUGGUCUGGACAGUUGAUGAAUGCUAAGCUAAGCAAUGUAGAAAAAAAACCAAAACAUUUACUAGCAAUGAUUUUUUUUCCCCUCUAUAUUAAUUAUUGGCUGCUGAGUAUACUCAGUGUUGUUUUUUUUAUGCCCGGAUGUUCUUAAGAGUAAGACCCAAAGUCGCAAGCUUUGAGUAAAGUUGAGUGUUCAUGAGAAAGCAUGUGACCCACGAAUGUCUGGAGACCCACACUGGAAAGGACUAACCAUUAAUCUUGAAAUAGCAAGAGGGAAGCAAGGCAUCCUCUGCUUUUGUUUUCUUUGUGAAUUAACACACAUUUGUAACAGGAGGAAGUUUCAUUGUGCAUUCUAUAUAUGUGCACAGUGCAGUUUGCAUCCCCUCUCCCUUAUUCCCCUCCCUCCUCCACCAGUAUUCCCUCACCCCAUCUGCUCUGUACUCAGAUGCCCCCACUGAAGUCAGGAACUUACCAGGUGGUGGUAUGGAGUGCUGUCUUGGCCUUGAAGGCCGAGUUGGACUAGAAAUGCUACAGUUGACCCAUUAGAAAAAGUCCCAUCCUACUCAGAUUACCUUCAUCUCCCUGUACUAUAUGCUGUCACUGUAGCCUACCACCUACCGCCUAAACGUGUGUAGGAGCUGACACUCAGCCUGAGUGGAGGGCUUGGCUGAGAAGGGCACGUAUGCUGUGCCAGAAGGUGUUUACAAAUUUAAUCUCAACCUUGAAAAUGCUGCUGCUGUUUGCACUGCUGGUAAACUGGAUCAUUUUUCCCCUACUGAAAUGACACCUUCAUACUGAAAAGGUGGUUAUUAGUAUUUAUUGAAAGGUGCUAGAUUUAGUGUUCUUAUAAAUCUGUAAUGCUUACCUUGUGCUCCACUUAAGCACAGCACUGAUGUGAAAUAACCUGCACUUAAUGUGAAAUAACCCAUGAGAGAUGUUGUACCUGCCUGAUGUCAGGAUUUUGGUCAGAACCUUGUAACAUGAAGUCACUCAAAUGUUCAGCAUUGUCUGCUUUUGAGCAAAAUGUCAAUUAAAAUAAAGAUGAAACCUUAUAUGCCA